GCAAAUACAUAUUGAUUUUAUGUCGCCCGUACAGUGGUUGUAACAAUUGUCAGUUUACAAGUUUACAGCUAACUGCUAGCUAGCUGGAAACCAGCCUCAUAUUGGCGAAAUCGACAGGGGUACCACCCAAAUGGAUGGGGCAUCCAAAUCGAUACACACCAAAACUGGGCGAUACAAUGCGAGCACGAGCACAUCCAGAACGUAAUUGAAAAGACUGACAUCAGAUUUUUCGGCUUUCGAGGUCCAGAAUCAAACAGAAGAAUCGGAGGAACCGGAGAUAUAUUUCGAUAUUUCAAACGAGUGAGAGCGAUUCCACCUGGAGAUACCAUGGAGAUACCUAUUUCGAACAUACUACUCCUCUGCCUGAUCUUCCUGUUGAUCGGCGGGGUGGUGAUGAUCCUGCUGCAAUAUCUCAUCUUUAUCAAGUUCUCCAAUCUGCCGGAUGAGAGCGAGGAGCAAAAGCAGAUGAACGCCAAAUACACCCUGCCAUUGAACAUCAAGCAAACGGCCCGAAAUCUGAAGAGGUUGUCCAAUUCCGGAAUGGGCGGCGGCGGAGGAGGAGCAGGAGGAGCCGGUAAUGGAUGUGAGAACCACCAGGAGAGCCUACGGAGAGCCUCGGCCCUGGUCUCUCUGAACUUCGUGAUGCAGUUCCUCUUCCACGAGUUCAAGAACUCGAACCGGGUGCGGAAAUGGUUCUACCGCAAGCUGUCCAUCGAACUGGACGAACUGAUUACAAAGACUACCACCGGAAAACUUCUAGACAAGCUCACGAUCAAAGAGCUUGAGCUGGGGGACCAAUUCCCCGACAUCCGGUCCCUUUCGGUCCACAACGUCGAGUUGGACAAGGACGAGCAGCGCAUCGAGAACCUGGAUCUCCUGCUGGACAUCAACUAUGUGGGCAAUUUCACAACUUCCAUUGACGCGGACAUGGUGCUGGGCAAGAAGGGAUCCAUAACGUUGAAGGUCAAGCAGCUCUCGGGAAUGGCGCGUCUGCAGUUCACGCGGAAACCCUACACCCACUGGUCAAUUAGCUUCCUCGGGGAUCCGGAGCUCAUACUGGACAUCGAGUCCAAGUACCAGGGCCGCCAGAUGCAGUCGAACAUCACCAAUCUGAUAUCGAAUCAGAUCCGGAAGGCGGUGCGCCGGAAACACACGCUGCCCAACUACAAGCUGCGCUACAAGCCCUUCUUCCACUGGACCGCGGCGGAUGUGGAUGCGGAUGCGGCGGACUGUGACAUCCAGCCAAACGGAGUGCUGCAGGUCAAGCUGGCGGAGCUCUCCCGCUUGAUUGCCUAUCCGGGGGCCAGCGACACCUACUGCACCAUCACCCUGGCGCCGGUGCCCUUCAUCGAGGCCAAUCAGAGGGACAGCCGCAAUGUGCUCAUCUCGAUGGACGUGUUCAUUCACAAGGCGAAGAACCAGCAGAUCGGCAUCGUCUUCAAGCAGAGCGGCAGUCAGGUGGUCCGCAUAGAAUCGGUUCUACCGAAUACCCCAGCCUGCAAGUCCAAUCUCCUUGCCGGCGAUGUCCUGGUGGCCAUCGAGGGCAGGCCGGUGACUACCAUUCAGCAGAUAGCCAAGGUGGUCAAGACGCUGCAGGCCACCGUCUUUAGUCUGCGAAUUGAACGCAUCAUUCCGGGCAUCAUUCGCAACGAUGCCAUUCUGGAGGACUUUGACAAGUACGAGGACCUGGGGGAUCUUCCUCAGGCGAACCGAAUGGUGGAUGCGGAAGCGGAAGUGGCCGAUCCGCCGCUGCCCAAGCAUCUGGUGGUGAAGCCCAGCUUGAGCGGCACACCCACCAACUCGCCCAAGAAGUCCAACCUCAUAGCCAAGGCCAUCAAGAAGACCAUGAGCCGAGAUGCCGGCGAUAAGGAUAAGGACAAAGAUAAGGACAAAGUUACGGACAAAGAUAAGGACAAGGAUAAGGACAAGGAUAAGGAAAAGGACAAAGUUACGGACAAGGAUAAGGACAAAGAGAAAGAGGCAGAGGAGCCAGCGGUCAACUACUUCUACCAGCACUCGACCAUCGACUGCGCCUUCAGUCCGCUCAUCCACAUGGACGACUUGUGCAGCUUCCAGCUGGACAACUCCAGUCGCUUCCUCAACGUCUGCGUCUUCGGCAAGACGUCCGCCGGCGAGAGUGUCCUUUUGGGCUACCACAAUGUCCAGAUCGGUCAGAUCCUGGUCGAGUGCUCCGAGACGAGUCUGAACCAGUGCCUCAAGCAGAUCAGCCUCAAUCCGGCAUCGCUGCAGGCUGUGAAGACGCAUCCCCUGUCCAAUCAGUCGGGCUUCAAUCCGAAUCUCUGCUUUGGCGACAUUCUGUUCGGCUUCUCCUGGCUGGGCAAUCCCAAUUUGACGCUGGGCGAGGGUUCCCUCAAAGGUGGCUCCAGCCCCAAGUCCCAGUCGCAGACGCAAACUAGAAACGAUCGAGUGGCAGUGGAGGAUCAGUUCCUGAAGGUGACGAGUACCCCGGCGGCGGACAGCUCCACAGCUGCAGGUUCCGGUUCCGAUUCCUCGAGCGUCCAGACUUCGGGCCUUCCGAGGGCCCAUGACUUCGUGCGUACCCACUUCCAUCGGGCCACGCAGUGCGACUUCUGUGGCAAGAAGAUCUGGCUAAAGGACGCCAUGCAGUGCCGCGAGUGCUCCAUGUCGUGCCACAAGAAGUGCAUUGUCAAGUGCCAGAUGGCCACCGUCUGUGGUCCGGUGGACUGUUCCGGCUCCACUGCGGCGAUGAUCAGCCGGCCGGAGUUCACCAUCACGCAGGCGGAUCCGGACAAUCCAGAGAUCCUCGAUGGCAGCACUCCGGGUUCGUCUGUUUUGGACGAAACUGCUUCGUUGGCUUCGUCGGUGGGAUCGACGGCAGCCUCUGGCGGGGAUCAGGGCCAAUCCAUCCAGACACCCACGGCUUCGGCUGGCCUGGAUGUGCACAGAUCCAGUCUCACCGGGAUGCUGGCCCAGGGCAUCAAGCGGCAGGCGAGCAACCUCGAUAUACCCGGCAUCGUGUCCUCGCUAACGGGUGGUCAGCAGAUGAACUCCAAGAGCCUGCCACCCAGUCCUCAGCACACGCCAUCGCGAAAAUCAUCGAUAGUGGAGGAGGCGCCGAAUCUGCAGCAGAAUCCCUUCGAGAGCGUCACCCAGCAUUUGGAGGCCCUGCCAUUGGACUGUCCGGAACUCAGCUUCGAGCAGGUGAUCGUCAUCACCGAGCCCAUCGUUCGGCACACCCGCCACGAGGAUCUGAUGAACCUGGCCAAGAGCACCAGCAAACAUUUAUAUGUUGGCCUGCCGCCCGACGAGCGAGUGGCCAAAAUAAAUGAGUUGCUUACGAAACUAAAGGUAGCCCUAGAUGCUGAAACCGAGGGCUACACCCAGAUGAAUGAUGCCGAGAGGGCCACGGAAAUCCACGGACAGUCGCCCUGGAAAUCGGACAGAUCGGAUGAACGGGUUCAGGCGCUCAGCAUCAUAAUGCUGUACUUGUGCACGGGUCUUCAGCAUGCACAGGGAGUGGUCCUGCAGUAGGGUAUCAGAAGGAUCUGAUAUAGAGCUUGAAAAGUAUCGACAUUUCGGUAUAU